UUUAUUUUACUAAAUCUUUGAACAUCAAUAUAAUGGAGCUGAACUUAGCACCACAAAUGGCUGACCAAACCGUUUAUGAAGGAGAGGGCGGAGGAUACUACAGUUGGUCCACUUCCGCCGCCCCUUUUCUCGGCCAGGCAAAGCUUGCCGCCGGCAAGCUCGUUCUGCAACCUCUUGGCUUUGCCCUCCCUCACUACGCGGAUUUCAAGAAGUUCGGCUACGUUCUCCAAGGGUGUUGCGUGGUCGGAAUGAUAUCUCCGGACAGCACAACCGAGAAGAUAGUCAAAGUCACGAAAGGUGAUGUGAUUCCGGUGGAAUUAGGAGCCGUGACGUGGUGGUACAACGAUGGAGACUCCGACGUGGUCAUAGUAUACUUGGGGGAAACCUCCGACUCCAACGUCGCCGGCCCGUUCAACUACUACUUCCUGGCCGGAGCUCUGGGCAUGCUCGGCGGUUUCUCCGCCGAUUUUCUCGCCACAGGUUUUGGCAUAUCCGUAACUGAAUCCAAAACGCUAUUCAAAGCCCAAAACGCCGCCUUAAUUACCAAACUCAAAGCCAAACUGAAAAUCUCCGACCUCGUAAACAACAACCGGAAAGAGAUGGUGUUCAACCUCGAGAACGCGUUGCCUUCUGUCAACAUCAAGAACGGCGGCUCUCUGGUCUCCGCCACGGCUGAGAAUUUCCCUUUGCUCAGCCGCGUUAACCUAAGCGGGAACCUCGUAAAACUCGAAUCUGGCUCCAUGUUAACUCCGGGAUACACGGCAGAUUCCUCGUACGAAAUAGGUUAUGUCGUUAGUGGGAGCGCUAGGAUUCAGAUUGUCGGCCUUAACGGUCAACUGGUUUUUGACGGCAAAGUUGCCGCCGGCCGCCUCUUUGUCUUGCCCAAAUUUUUUGUUGGUUCACUCAUAGCCGAUAAAGAAGGAAUCGAGUUUGUCUCUACAGUGACGUCUGCAGAGCCAAAGUUACGGCGUUUAGCUGGGGUUGAAUCAGUUUGGAAAGCUUUAUCCCCAUCAAUCCUACAAGCAUCCCUAAAUCUCAGUGCGGAGGAAACAGAAAUUUUCAAGGCCAAGAUAGUGGAAACCACAGCAAUUAUCCCUUCCAAGAAUAAGUAGAAUUUCUUAUUAUUUGCAUAUAUUUUUGUGUUUAUCAAUGUACUGUCUAAAUUAAAAUAAAUGGCUAUUUAUCUUGUAAUUUGAUGUCGAGUAGUAAGUUAUAUCUAGGGCAAUUUAGUCGAGUUGAUCAGUCAUCCCAGCUUGAUAAUCACGAUAUUCCAAUUCAAGUUUGUCAUAUUGUAAUUUUUCGUGAUGAGUCAGUUAGAUUUCACUUGGAGUGAUUGUGGAUUAAGGAUUUGUUUUGGACUUAUUUGUACUUGAAAAACUUUAUGAAUGUCUACAAUGUUCG